AUGUGUUCCAGACUGGUUCUAGACUGAUUCUGAGUAGCUUCUAUCUGGAGAGACCCACAUGAUGCUGCUGCUGUCAAUGCUGCUCGCUCUCUCUGUUCCUAAUUGGUUGUCAUGGAAACCAACAUGGAGAGUGAGCGCGCAUCCUUCCCCUCCCACCUCCACUCCCCCCUCCCCUCCCUUCCUCGCUGCCGCCGCCCGCCGCUCUCACACCGGGCCGCCCCCUGAAUCAAACCGAGCGCUGUAGCCUCCGUCUGCGGCUGAAGCAGCAGCCUGUCGGACGGUGCGGACGGUCGGUGUGUCGGUACGUGUGCAGGUCGGUCCGGGGCCGCUGUGUGUGAGUGCGCGUGUGGUUGUGACCCGGUUCGUUCUGCUGCUGUGGACCGGGGAGGGGCGCGCUCUCUCCCGCACCGACAGCCUCUUUAAUGACCGGAUUUGUGUUUUGCUGCGCGAUGUAUAUGGACCGAAGCAGCCUGAGCAGAGGCCCCGCCUCCCCCUCCAGUCCCAGCUUACUGACGAAGAGCCUCUCUCCGGAGCCGUCCUGCUCUCCCUGCGGCCACCAGGGGGCGCUGGAUGCUGACGCUGCACAGCAGUCGAUGGCCGACCCGAGCCCCGGCUGCUCCUCAUCAAGCCUCGCCUCCCUGGAGGGAGAAGCAGCACUAGCAGAGCUGGUGAAUGACACGGGGCCACCAGAGCUGACAGUCGCCAUGUCGACACCACCGAGCAGGAGCCGGCCCCCGCUGCCGGGGCCCAAACCACAAGUGCCCCCAAAGCCCCCUCACCUCCAACAGCAGGUGACGAGGACACGCCCCCGAGCUCCAGACAAGCCCCUCCCCCCUCCUCCGCCAUGCAGACCCCUCCCAGCCGACCCCCGAGGGGGGCGGACUCCGCCCACCUGCCCCGAUGGCACCGCCUCUCCUACCUGCGUCCUGUCACUCAUCGAGAAGUUUGAACGAGAGCAGAUUAUUGUGGUUCCUGACAUCACAGGCGGUGCUCUUUGUCCUCGCCUCACUGACCCCGCCUCCUCCCAACCAUCAUCACCACCAUCAUCAUCCUCACCUGCCCCUCCCCUUGUGGACGAGGAGCCGCCCACAAGUCCUGAUGAUGUCACAGUGGGGGUGGAGGACGAUCCGCGUGGUGAAGACGAUGACGAUGACGACGACGAAGAGCUGGUGGCCGUGUGUCGUGCUGACGUCCAUCAGAAGCGUCUGUCCAUGGAGUCGGGUUACAGCGCCUCAGAGAAGCACCUGGAGGACGACGUGGUUGCCGUGGAAAUGAGGGAGCAGCAACAGGAGCCGCCACCGCCACUCGAACAGUCAGAGCUGCCGUCUGAGCGUCUGUCCCUCCCCUCCUCUCAGACGGACGGGAAGCUGGCCAAUCGAGACAGUGGCAUCGACAGCAUCAGCUCGCCAUCACACAGUGAGGAGCUCUGCUUUGCCGGUGUGGAUGAUGGGGGCGUGGUCUACCCAUGUAGCCCCGCCCUUCUUCCCCGCCUCUCCAGCUCGUCCUCGUAUGCCGGAGAUGAGGGGGAGGAGGGGGAUGCGAGGAGCGGAGCCAGGAGGAGGAGGGAGUUCUCUGAGGAGGGGGACAGCGACCUGGAGGAGGAGGAGGAGGAGGCGGAGCUAACACUGGUGCUGCCCGCCCCCAAGACGGACCGACAGGACUCUGUGGAGCUGUCUGUCCAACAGAGAGUCUUCAACAUUGCCAACGAGCUGCUGCAAACUGAGACUGCUUAUGUCUCCAAACUGCACCUGCUGGACCAGGUCUUCUGCUGCAGACUCCUGGAGGAGGCUCGGUCUCGUUCCUCAUUUCCCUGCGAUGUGGUUCAGGGCAUCUUCUCCAACAUCUGCUCCAUUUACUGCUUCCACCAGCAGUUUCUGCUGCCGGCGCUGCAAAAGCGCAUGGAGGAGUGGGACUCGAACCCGCGCAUCGGCGACAUCCUGCAGAAGCUGGCCCCCUUCCUGAAGAUGUACGGAGAGUACGUGAAGAACUUUGACCAAGCCAUGGAGCUGGUCAACACCUGGAUGGAGAGGUCGGCCCAGUUCAAGGCCAUCAUCCAGGAGAUCCAGAGGGAGGAGCGCUGUAGGAACCUCACCUUGCAGCACCACAUGUUGGAGCCGGUCCAGAGGAUUCCUCGCUAUGAGCUGCUGCUCAAAGAUUAUCUGCACCGACUGCCGGAGGACGCUCCGGACUACCGGGACGCCCAGAAGUCUCUGGAGCUGAUCGCCACAGCAGCCGAACACUCCAACGCUGCCAUCAGGAAGAUGGAGCGAAUGAGGAAGCUGCUGAAGGUCUACGAGCUGCUGGGAGGAGAAGAAGACAUCGUGAACCCGACCAACGAGCUCAUCAAGGAGGGACACAUCCUCAAACUGUCCAAUAAGAACGGAACCACGCAGGACCGAUACCUGAUCCUGUUCAACGACAGGCUGCUGUACUGCGUCCCAAAGCUGCGUCUGAUUGGUCAGAAGUACGGCGUCCGCGCUCGCAUCGACGUGGACGGAAUGGAGCUGAAGGAGACCAGCAGUGUGGCUGUUCCUCGGACAUUCCUGGUUUCUGGAAAACAAAGAUCUCUGGAGCUGCAGGCCAGGACAGAGGAGGAGAAGAAAGACUGGAUCCAGGCCAUCCAGGCCACCAUCCAGAGACAUGAACAGACCGUGGAGAGCUUCAGACACCUCAACUGUUCACUGAGAGACGACGAUUCCACACCACCACACUCCCCGAGCUGUGUGGAACUGGGGAAAAGAGCUCCAACUCCGAUCAGGGAGAAGGAAGUGACUCUGUGCAUGAAGUGUCAGGAGCCGUUUAACUCCAUCACCAAGCGUCGGCAUCACUGCAAAGCCUGCGGUCACGUGGUUUGUGGGAAAUGCUCCGAGUUCCGUGCCCGUCUGUCGUAUGACAACAACCGGACUAACCGUGUGUGCGUGGACUGCUAUGCUACGCUGGUGGGCGUGUUCCCGUCGCCCGCCGGACUGAGCAACAGCACCCAGAGGAGGCGGUCCAUCCUGGAGAAACAGGCCUCACUGGCGGCAGAGAACAGCGUGAUCUGCAGCUUCCUUCACCACAUGGAGAAGGGAGGGGGAAGGGGCUGGCAGAAGGCGUGGUUCGUUAUCCCCGAGAACGAGCCGCUGGUGCUGUACGUCUACGGAGCUCCACAGGACGUGAAGGCUCAGCGCAGCGUCCCUCUGAUUGGCUUCGAGGUCUCUUUGCCGGAGUCAUGUGACCGGCUGGAGCGACGCCACGCCUUCAAGAUCUCCCAGAGUCACCUGACCCUCUACUUCAGUGCCGAGGGGGAGGAGCUUCAGCGUCGAUGGAUGGAUGUCCUGUUGAGGGCCGGAAGAGGGGAGGAGCCUCAGGUGCACCGACCAAUUGUGGAGAGUCUGGAGGAGGAAGGGGAGGAGCUUGCUGCAGCUGAAGGAGAGAACACGUGAUGAGGAGGAGGAGCUUCAGCAGCUUUCAAGGCGGACCCUGAUUGGACAGAAGAAAAUACAAACCAGUUCAAAUCAGUCAUCACUUUACCCACAAUCCUCAGCUGCUGUCACCAUGGAGACACCUCCAUCAUCACCUGUGACAUCAUAUUCAGAGCACCGAUCCAAGAAACCUAAAAGUGAACGAGCCAACGAUUGAUCAGGAACUGUGCUGAUAAUCAAUUGAUUGUGUCUGUUUCAACCAGCGAUCAGAAAAUAAUUAGCACAAUGAUUGAUCAGGAACCUGAUCAGUAGGUUCCAUCCUGGAUUAAUGAUCCAUCACCCGAUCAGAUUAAUGAUCAAUCAGCUGAUCAGAUUAAUGAUCCAUCAGCUAAUCAGUCUGAAGCUUCUGAUUGGACCAUCAGCAUAAAGCACAACCUUCUACGUGUUCCAUGUUGUUUCUGAAUUUAACAGUUCUUUAUGCUGUCUGGACAGUUCCACUAGAACUUUCACUGCAGGAAACUUCCCAGGAACCAAGGUUCCUUCAGUUGGUCAGUUGUGUUUCCACCAUGGUCCCAAACCAUCUGACGGAUCAGAAGGUCUGUUCACUACGUCCACUGCAAGAACUCAAAGAGAGCAUCAACCCCUGCUGGUUCUUUCUGGUUCCACUGUAGAUCCAAGUUCCUCAACAGGAACUCAGAGAUAAGAACCGGCAGUUAGUGGACGGAACUCCAUUUCUAUGUAGGAACUGAAGCAUGGAGAUAUGUUCUGUCAGACCAUCUGGAGAACUUCAUGUUGUUGGAGGUGAUGUCAGAAAACAUGUCAUCUGAGUUGAACCAGUCAGUGCUGAGACCCUAAAAGCAGGUUCCCACUCCUGAAAGAGGUUCCACAGCGACUAGGGGUGCAACGGAUCAAAAAACUCGUGGUUCGGAUCGUAUCACGGUUUUGAGUCACAGAUCGAAUCAGUUUUCGGAUCGGCUGUUUAAAUGCCGCGGUGAUCAGUGGUUGCUAAGCAGCCUUCAUCUUGGCUCCUGUCACUGACACAUCCAGGUGAUGUCGCUUCAUAUGGCUGGUCAUGCUCGAUGUGUUUCCUCUCAUACGUCUUUCUCUGUCACAGUGCCUACACACCAUUAUAGCUUUGUCCACCACCUUUCUUCCAUCAUCACUGUGCUUUACAGGGAAGGCAAAAUGCUCCCAUAUGAGCGACUUAAAUGACGCAGAAGGUUUUUGAAGUUCCUCUGCUCCUCUGCUAUUCAUGACUACCACUGCACUCAAUUAGUGUGGAUUAAACAUGCGCUCUCCAUGUGACCACGUACAACUUUUUUCAUCAACCAAUCCGCGGACCACGUGGAGAGGGAUCCAUACGGAUCAACGAUGAUCUGUUGCACCACUAACAGCGACUGUGUCUGGGCAGAACAUGUGUGAAGGUUGAAGCUGCAGGUUCCUGUAGUGGAAACCAGCCUUGAAGAGCCUCCCCGAACAGGAAGCUGGUUUCUGACCGCUGAUCGGGUUCUUCUGAUGCCAUCCUGACAGUCCUGCUCUCCAAGCAGGUUCUUUCCUUAUUCUUGCGGUGGAAACUACAACUCUUCAGAACAUUCACUCUAUCUUCCUGCAGGUCUCCUCUCAGUGAUCAUCUCCAGCCUCUACAAGCCCUUUGUGCACCACCUCAGCCAAUCAGCAUCCGCCUCUCAGAAUCUACCCAAUCAGCACUGAAGCCCACACAGCAGUUAUUUGGAGGUCCUACCCACCUGGAACAGGUCCUUUGUUCUCCCCUGAUGACAGCCCUGAAGAGGUUGUACUGGACGGUUCCUGUGGUUGGAACAAAGGUUCGGUUCCCCCUAAAAGAAACUUGAAGUUCCUGCAGUGGGAACAGCCCGCUGAGACCUCUGGUGGAAACACAGGUAGACCAACUGAGCUCCUCAGAAGGUUCUCCAGCUCAGAAGAAGGUUCCUGCAAACGUUUCCUGUAUAUUAAAUCCUUCCUGAGUUCCUGAACAGCCUCAGAACCUGCAGACAGAACAUGGACGAUAAGCCAGAGGGGCUGAUGUCGAACCCACAAACUAGACCCGGAAGAGAACCCAUCCUGCCUUUUUAAUGCUUCCACUAAUGCAGGAAGACGAGCUCUGUCUAUGAAGAGAACGUAGAACUCUCAGCAUUACUGCCACUGAGUUCUGGUGGUCAUUUUUAGAACUGCAGCUACAAAAGCCCACAACUUAUUUCACGUUGCAGCAACGAUCUAAAGCAUGAGAACUACACAGUGAUGAUCUCAGAACUACGGUGCAGGUCAAAGCCGGUUCUCCUGGGCGAUGCAGAUAUAAACAUGAGAGAAAACAAACAGUUCCAGGGUUCUACAGGACGUUCUUGUCUGGACUCCAGUCCAGCAUCGCUUAAACAGCUUUCAUUGAUGAAAACCGAACGUCCACCAGCUGCAGGUUCAUCCAAGAUAUUCAAGAAAAAGCAGCAGAAUCUAAAGCGACUGUUAGACUCUAGAAGCCCCUUUAAAUGCACUUCAACUAUUCUAAUGCCAAAUUCCUCCAAGAAAAGUCCAGACCUCCAAGCUGCCAAUCAGCAGCCUGUCAGGAGGUCAACUCCGUUUCCCAGCAGCCCCCUGCUGGUGCACUCCAGUCCUGCAGGCUUUUCUAAAAUCACAGAGUCCGACAGAAAUGUCUCUGUUUUACAUUUUUAUUUGACCUCUAAAUGUUAGAGAUCAUUUCUGUCCUUCAGAUGUUUGGUUCUCAGAGUUCAACGUGUUUCUUCAGUCAGACCAACUUUUCACAAAGCAGACAAACUUCCUCUUUCCUUGUUUCAUGAACUGAAAGCAUGUUUGAAGAAGUGCCAUUUACAGCCACCUCACUGCUGUUGGAAAAAAGGUUUAUUACUUUACUGCAUCAUUUGACCUUUUUAUGUAAUUAUGAUCCAGAUUUAGUCUCCAGAACAUUUCAUCUUUGUUGGCGUCAUAAAGAGAGUGGAAAUCUGAAGCUGAAACCACAUAUUUGACCUGAAAAUAAGUCAGUCAAUCCAGUGAGUCAUUAUUUAAAAACUAAAAUACAGAAAUGGAUCAACUUCCAGUUUCUCAUGUUUGAAUAUUUUUUCUUUUUUCUGAACAUUUUGGAUUGUUGGUCCGACAUUUGAGGCCUCUGACUCUGAGAAGCUCAGAUUUUCUGACCUUUAUUGACCAGAAGAAGGAACUAAUAAUCAAUAAUGGAAAUAAUCUGUGAUAUACGAGGACACGAUGAUGUCACCAGAUCAAAGACGCCAAGAGGAGCCUGGACCGAUUUAACUCUAAUCCAGACCGGUUUAACUCUAAUCCAGACCGGUUUAACUCUAAUCCAGACCGGUUUAACUCUAAUCCAGACCGGUGUAACCCUAACCUGGACCAGUUUAACCCUAAUUGGGACUGGUUUAACCAUAACUUGAACCGGUUUAACUCUAACCCAGACCAGUUAAGCCCCAACCCAGACCAGUUUAGCCCCGACCCGGACCGGUUUAACCCUAACCUGGACCAGUUUGACCCUAACCUGGACCAGUUUGACCCUAACCCGGGCCGGACUGACCCUCUCUGUGGUUUCUGGAUGCUGCAGAUGAUCCAGUAAUUAGAUGGAGCCGCUCUGACUUAAAAGGACAAAGUGAACGUGGGUUUUUUUUCUCCUCUUGACUUGAGUGGUUCAGUAAUUCUGUUGAUAUAAACUCCUUUUGGACAAAGUGUUUUGAUAGUGAAAAAUAUUCUGAAUAUUAUUAUUGCUGUUUGGCGAAAUGAACAGAUUGUUGUUGGAUAUUUCUGUGUUUGAUGUUUGCUUGAUGCAAGUUGAUGCAAAAAGAAAAAGUUUUUGUAAAUAUAAUUUAUUCUUCUGGGACCUGCCAAUCAUGUGACGGUGUUAAGGUCAGAGGUCAUGCAGCCAGAGCCACGCGGCGGCCAUGUUGGGUGAAGGUUAAAGGAACAAUCCAGUGUUUUAGGAAACUCUGCGUUCUCCUCCUCUACUCUGCCUUUGCACAAAGAGAAGAAGACAGAGGAACUGCUACCAAGAACAAAAAUAUAGGAGUUUUGCAGAAUUUUGAAGAGUAAAACCCCUGAAAUGCUGCAUAACCACUACAAAAACAGCUCAAUUACAUCAUUAUUAAUGGACAAUUUGAAAAUAUGUUGAGAUAAUAAGUUAGCUACAAAACCACAGCUCUACAUGGGAAAUUCUGCUCAAAAGUGGUAUGAAAAGUUUGUGUUUGUUUAACUUCUACCUCACUCCCUCAGUCUGUGCAUGGCUCUGGCUGCCAGCAAGUUUUUAGCAUGUUUUAGGCGUGUAAAGCAGUGGGAAUGGAAGGAAAUGGCCAGUAAGUCCGCCUUAUCGCUCUCACCAUCACCUCCUGCUUCGCUGUGGUGAAAACGUGUCUGUGGUUUAUUCUCUUUGAGUUUUAUCUGAUCUUAACUGUUUGCAGAGAAGCUUAAAGGCUGGAUGGGACCAGUUCUGACUGGUUCUAACCGGACCUGACCACUGCUGAUGGGUUCUAACCCGUUCUGAUUGGUUCUAACCAGUUCUGACUGGUUCUAACCGGACCUGACCACUUCUGAUGGGUUCUAACCUGUUCUGACUGGCCAUAACUGGACCGGAGCAGUGUGUGUGGUACAGUGAACAGUGGUGUGUUGUAUCAGUCACUCUUUGUUCAGUGAAUUGUUGGUAAUAUAUCAGAUCUGCAUUCUGUAUUUAAGCUGCUGUUUCUUAUUUGGGCUGGACGUCCCAUCAGAACCGAAAACAGCCGGUGAUACUAGUUAGAGCUGGUUUUGACUACAGAUGGCCAAGUUAUCGCACAAUGGAGGAUUAUUUUAGAAGAGGUGCUUCCUUAUUAUUCAGCUUGUAAUUGUUCUGAAGUCUGGGUAUUAUUUAAAUGUCAGUGGAAAACUCAACUGCUCAUCUCCAGUUAUAACCAGCUAGCAUCUUGUUAAACCGGUCACAGCUGCUAAAAACUAGUUACAGCUGGUAAAAACUAGUUACAAACGGCUACAGUUGGUUAAAACUAGUUACAAAUGGUUACAAUUAGUAAAAACUAGUUAAAAAUGGUUACAAUUGGUAAAAACUAGUUACAAACGGUUACAAUUGGUAAAAACUAGUUACAAAUGGCUACAGGUGGUAAAAAGUAGUUACAAGUUGUAGAAAGUUACAGAAUCUUUUAGGCAGUUAAACAGAAAUGUAAAGAAUCUCCUGCCCAGUAAUCUGGUUAGAUCUUGGUGAUCUGGUUAGAUUUAACCAGAUGUAACCAGAUCCAUCCAGAUCUGGUUACAUCUGGAUAGAUCUGUUGUUACAAUCUGGUUAGAUCUGGAUAGAUCCUGGUGAUCUGGUUACUGCUGGUUAGAGCCACAUGAAGCCCAUUUUACCAGCUGGUUAGUAACGGUGACAGCACGUUUGAAGGGCUUUAAUUUAAAAGAGGCUGGUUUGGACCAGUUAGACUCAGAACUAGUCAGUUGUACCCAGCCGGUUAUGAACUGGUUGAACUGGUGCAGAGCAGUCUGAACUGGUUUUAUUGAACUCAUGUUGUGCCAAACCAGAUUCCUGUCACUGUUCAGUUUUUAUUUCUUGGUAAAUGAACGUGAUCACAGCGUGUUCAUCGAUGGUCUUUCACAGUGCUGUGAACUGUUAAUGGCUGUUGUUACCAUGGAGACCGUCAGGAGACCAGACAAGCCAAUCAGAGGUGGAUUCCAUGAUGGUGUCACUUCGUCAGAUGACCACAGCUCAGAUCUUCUGACUUGUUGCCAUGGUAACCUUCAAGGCUUUUGGAGCUGACACGUUACCAUGGUGACCACUGUGGCUCCUCUGUGAUUUCCAGAGCUGCUGGAGACAGUGUUGCUACAGUAACCACAGCCACCGGCAUCAUAGUACAUAGGCCCCAUGUUACCGUAGCAACCAGCGGACCCUCGUUGCUGUGACGACCGCUCCUUCCUCCAUCCCUGUCUCCGGUGUAACAGCAGCACACUCGUGUAUCCUUCUCCUUUAUGUUGUACUGUUGAUUAUUAUUGGAUGGAUUGAUUGCAGGUGAUUGGUUAGUGGCCGGCCACUGCCUUCCAUGCUGUCUGUUUCCCAUCAUGCACCUCUAUAAGAAAAUAAGAUGACAAAUGUAAUAAAUGAGGUUAUAAAUGAAAUAAAAACGUAUGGAAGAAAA